AUGCCACAAAGCCCACCAACUUCAUUCACAACAUCACCUCACAUCUCAAACUUCCUCAUAUCCCCCGCAGAAUUCCUCGCAAAGAGACCAGACAUCCACAACAUCAUCAGCGGCGCCGUCGUCUUCCGCUCCACCCCAGACAACCACCACCAAAUCCUCCUCCUCAAACGAGCCCCCUCGGACUCCUUCCCCCUGAAAUGGGAAACACCCGGCGGCACCGCGGACCCGGUCGUCGACCGGAGCAUAGCCGGCGUCGCGGUCCGCGAGCUGUGGGAGGAGACGCAGCUGCGGGCGCGGGGAGUGUCCGGGGCGGUGGGGCUGGGUCUCCCGGACGGGGUGGCUAAUCUCGUUUCCCUGGGCGAGGUCACUGAUGCGAGGAUGGAUCAGGAGUACGAUCUGUGCUUGCUGCGUCUGGGGGACUUGACGUGGGGUAUUGGGACUUUCGUCGUUGAUGUCGAGGACGCGGCGGCGGAGGUUGUGUUGAGGGAUGAUGAGCAUGUGGAUUGGGCUUGGGUCUGUGAGGAGGAGGUGGAGGGGAGGGAGUUCUGUGAUGGGAGGAAGUUGGAGUUUGUUAGUGAGGCUAUGAGGAUGAUUGUGUUGGAGGCGUUCAAGGUGAAGCGGAAAGGCCUUUCGUGA